AUUAACAGUAACAGAUCUCAAAGGAGACUCCCAGAAAGCCGUCACUUGGUUUUCCAUUGUUAGUCCAAAUCCUUCAAAACCUCUCUAAACUCUAAGCCCUUCUUUUUCUUUCCCUGCAAUUCUCUAUUUUUGACUGCUUUUGGGUUAGAUCUCUUCUCUUUCCUUAACCCAAUCUUUUCAUGACCCUUUUCAGAUUCUCAUAGAUCUCUCUCUUCUCUAUCAACUUUUGGGUACUUCCCACAAAUGGGAAAAGUUUCAGCCAUUGUGUACAUCACCGUGGCGCUUCUAAUCCUCUUCCUAAUCUCCUAUUCCCCGAAGAAACACUCCAGCCACAACCGCUAUCGCCGCCUCAAGCUCCGAAGUUCCUACAACUUCGGCAACCCCACCCGCCACGAGCCGGUGGCUUUUGACCCACUCGUGGCGGACAUCGAGCGCCGUCGUGAAGACCGCCAAUGGGAGAAACAGCACUUCGAGCAUUCCCAUCCUGAGUUUACGCAUGACCCCGCACCGGCUGAAGAGUCGCAGCCCGAGUGGGAGGAUUUUAUGAACGGUGAGGAUUACUUGAAUGAUGAGGAAAAGUUCAAUGUUACCGAUAGGUUGGUAUUGCUGUUUCCCAAGAUUGAUGUGGACCCAGCAGAUGGUUUUGUGACUGAGAACGAAUUGACUGAGUGGAACCUGCAGCAGGCUGCAAGGGAAGUCUUGCACAGGACUCAGAGGGAGAUGGAGAUUCAUGAUAAAAACCAUGAUGGGUUAAUUUCAUAUAAAGAGUAUGAGCCUCCCAGCUGGGUGAAGAAUGAUAACACUUCUUUUGGCUAUGAUAUGGGCUGGUGGAAAGAGGAACAUUUUAAUGCAUCAGAUGCAGAUGGUGAUGGUUUAUUGAAUAUAACUGAGUUCAAUGACUUUCUGCACCCAGCUGACAGCAAAAACUCAAAGCUGCUUAGAUGGUUGUGCAAGGAGGAAGUCAGGGAAAGAGAUACGGACAAAGAUGGGAAGGUUAGCUUUAAUGAAUUUUUCCAUGGGCUAUUUGACUUGGUAAGAAACUAUGAUGAAGAAGGUCAUAACUCUUCCCAUCCAUCUGAUGACUCAAUGGAGGCACCAGCAAAACGGUUGUUUAGCCAGCUUGACAAAGAUGGUGAUAGAUUCUUGUCGGAUGAAGAGCUGCUACCAAUAAUUGGGAAACUUCACCCAUCAGAACGGUACUAUGCCAAACAACAAGCGGAUUACAUCAUAUCACAGGCGGAUUCAGAUAAAGAUGGUCGCUUAUCCUUAGUUGAGAUGAUUGACAGCCCAUAUGUAUUUUAUAGUGCCAUCUUCAAUGAUGAUGAAGAUGAAGAUGACUAUGAAUACCAUGAUGAGUUCCGCUAAAUGCUAAUUUAUGAUAGGACAUGAAGGCAGCAAUAGGAUUCAAAUUCUUUUCUUGCAAGAAUUGUAUGCUUUAUAGAGUUAUUUAUGAAAAACUUGUUGCAUUUCGACCAAGGUUAUGCUAUCAAUGUUGCUAUCCAUGAUUAUGGACCUUAGCCUGUUCUGGGGGCCUUUUCACAGUUUGUUGGUCAUUGGAAUUUCAUCUUUCUGACAUACAUUUAUUAGAGCACACUUGGUGAUACUUGAUGUUUUUUCUUUUUUUUUUUUUCUAAAGUUUUCAAGCCUUUCAAAAAUUUGACUAUCAUAUAGUUGACAUUUGUGUACUACAUAGAACAUUAAUCAUGAUUUACUGCUUAUGAGGUGAAGUUAUUUGAAUUAAUGGACAUCUAAUAUUUAACUUCA